AAGAGCGGAGAAUAAGAAUAGACGGCGCCAAAGGCUUAACAAGGGAACCGGUUCAAACCUCCUGCACCAGUGUACCGACUUUCAUGGAGAUUCCACCGAGUCACUUCGGCCACCGUGUGCAAUAUAUCGAACGCGCGUAUGAUUCCCGUAAUACCUGCUAGGAUUGCGACCGCGCGUUAGCUUGGUCGGGCAAUUAGCGAUCCCGCGUCACAUGCCGUUCACGCACGAGACAUAGAAACGAACCUUUCCCCCCAAAGAGAACCCCGACAGAGGCAGAGGAUGGAAUUUUUAAGGGUUCGUACACUCGACUCGCGAUUUUCCUCGAUCGACGACGUAUCGAAGCGAGUCCAGACGAGAUCGUUAACGCGUCCGAUCGUCGACAUGGUUGGCUCGAUGGAAAACAGUGAUUUUGAGGGAUGGUAUGUGGCGCGUUCUCGCAGGCACGCUCAGAAAUGAAGUCUACCUUGAGGUCGGUGUCUUUUUGCGUCGGCCCGUCGAUACAAUUCCAUUCAGGACGAUGAAGACCGUGAAGAGACGCCAAAGCGAAAUUCCAUCCACUGCAACCACCGACGUAAAACAAACUAUACGAUGGAACAACGUUAUUAAUAGCGUGCAUCGCCACUCCAAAUAGAUCGGAGCGCGGAGUUCAGCAACAAACGAUCUUCCCGCUGUCUGGUAGACGGCUUCACGCCUCGUUCCCUCGUUUUCGAGGACGAUCCGACUCCGUUCCUUCGUUCCUCCAUCUUAUCCCUGGACUCUCUGCUUUCCGUUUCGCCUUCGUCGAGUCUAGCCAAGAGAAUACUCGUGGAAGAAAGUUACGAACACGAACGCGGCGUUUGCUCGAUUCUUGGCCAAAGGAACACGUCGAGGGUCUCCAGUCCGCCGAGUCAUCGGUGAAUCUUCGGACAACGACGGAGAAAGAGGGACGGGAGAGUCCACCUUGGCAUGCUGGCGCGAGCGUGUGCUGAAAAGUUCGCCGGGAGAGCAAAGUUCGCGAGGGAACGAGCGAACGAGAGUACGAGCGCGAUGCCGUGUCAACGAACGCACUGCAUCAUCCUCUCUAACCCUCCGGCAGCGACGUCUAUUGUGGCUCCUUUUUUUUCUGACCUUGUCACCUUGCAUCUUUUUUGCACGACCAAGUCGAUUACAUUUCGGAUCGGUUCGUAUCCCCCGUCGACGUCUCGAGCUAUCCCGCUCUCUCGUGCCCGCUCGUCCCUUCGUGGGCUCCGCUCGUCCUGCUCUAGGUUAGCCAGUGAAUCAUCUUCAACGACCCCCUCCUCUGGGAUCCGGGCAGAAGACUCUUAAGGGGGCCCACAGCGCAGCGCGAGGCCAGUCCGAGAACGCGACCCUAACACUAACAUCCGGUGUAUUCCGAGAGUCGGAAACGGAAACGGCUGCUUGAUCGAUUAAUCGACACACGCCACCAUGAAGAUCGCUCUACUGCUGCUGCUCGUCGCGGCCUUCGCCUCAGCUCAAAGGAUCACGACGAUCCAGCUGGACGGCGUGCAAUACUUCGUGUCAAGGAUGAAUCCCUACAGUCCCGAACUGAACUACUUCCUGGCCUACCAGUACUGCCGUUCCCUGGGCCUGCAGUUGGCCUCUUUCGAGACAAAGGAAAAAGCUGACACGAUGACGCAGUACUUGAAGAACGCCGGCUACGUGAAAUACGACUUCUGGACAUCCGGCAACAAGUUGGGCACGGACAUGUUCCUGUGGAUGAGCACAGGUCUUCCCUUCAAUGCCACCUUCGACUACAUGUUGAGGCGACCUGGCAACAGACCUGCUGACGUCCCACCCGGCACUGAGCCUCAACGAGUGGCACGCGAAAGCGGCGACAGCGGCAGCGCGGACGGAUGCGUCGCGAUGGUGGCGCCCACGUUAGCCUGGGAGGCGCAGGACUGCACUCUGGUUAAGGACUUCAUCUGCGAGCAGACAAGAUGCUACUACUACAACUACGGCAGCAUUCCAGUCUCUGCGACUCAGGGAAAUCGCAGACCCUACAUAACAACCACCUCGGCGCCAGCCAGCGACGACCAGGUCGACGAGCACGAGGAAAGUAACGCCAGCAAGAACGACGAACAGGAUGAGAGCGAGAUCGACGAGAAGUCAACACCGGAAGAGGAGAGCUCCGUCGACGAGAAAUUACCUGAAGACCCGGUCGUCAGCAGGCUGAUUACCACGGCCGUUCCCGCGUCUGACAAGCAACAGCAAUCCGUUCUAACACCGUCCACGCCUUCGCCAGUCGUCACCGAGGAUCACGAGCAACCGACCAACUCGGAGCUGGACAACACCAGACCAGAUCACCUUCCCGACAUCGCGAGCCUCUUCACCGACACCCCGGGUCCUCAGGCCAGAAAGGACAACGUGUUCGAGGGCCUGCAAACUCGCGAGGUACAUCGUUCCUCUCUGCGCUCGGCCUCCGACAUGAAGGUCGAGCAUCGGGAGUCACCGGACUACGUCGAGAUCCACGGUGAGACCGAGUCGCCCAACAACGGACUCGAAGACGCUCACACGGUCGGUCCUUAUGACAGCGCUCAGGAUUACUACGUGAACGACCAACCAGAGGCGGGUGAGUCGUCGAUGAUGAAGGAUCAGGACGACGACAAUAGCACGAUCCUGCCAGAGGCGGAACCGGCCUACAGGUACAACAUCAAAGUGCGCACCAACGGCAAAGUAUUAGAUCCUCCGUCCAAGUAACGCUUUACAGUUUAGGCAUCGUCGCGUUAUUCGUUGAUAAGUGAAGAGCAUUGGGAGAUUCUCGAGGAACUAGAUGUAUUAAUGUACGUUAUUUUAUGUGUAUACCGCGAACAUGAGACACGCGCGCGUGCGUGCGUGCGAGCGACCCCAUCGCGAUCAAGAUGGCGUCGUUCGUCGCUAUUCAUCGCUCAUUCAUUCGUUCUGAUUUCAAUGAAAUUCCCGGUAGUGCUCGUCGGAUUCUUUCACGCCGUUCACGAUCGUCGGGGCUUCCGGUCGGCAGAAGGAAGACGUUCGAGAUCAGGCCUCUCGUCUCGAUACCUCGAUACAGAUGUCGCUAGAGUCGUCGCCAACGGGAACGUACGAACACGCUUCGACGUUGAACCGUAUAGAAAUUAUUCGAACGAUUUGCUCAAAGUAUAAUGGUAAACAAUGGAAACCAAGUCCUUUCCUUCUGGCAUCGAUCUCCGACGAUAGCCGACGUCGUUCUCGCAAGGGCAUUCACUCCAUCAUUCAAUUCGAUCCUUAA